UACACUACACCGUAUCCGUGGUGGUGGUGGUGUUGGUUGUGACUGUGAUGUGAUGUGUGCUGGUGAGACUGAGAUUAUAUAUAAAUAUAGUGGUUGUAGGGUAAAUCCUAAAGUUAUCUUGUGAUAUCGAUAUUAUUCGUUCGAUAGCACAACCUUUUAAAAUCAUUCUAAACUCCAAAACAACCUAAAGCUAGAAAUUUACUAAAGAUUCAGUCAAGUAGGCUAUAGGAAUUUCUAAACAAGAUAGAAGGUAGAACAUUUAACCAAAAAUGUUUACAUUAUAAAUACUAAUACAUUAUUUACAAUAAACUAUUGUUUAUUAAAUAAUAUCGAUAAAUAUAUCGACAACUGGACAGUGUAUAGUGCUAUAUCGUGAUGGUAGAGAGAGAAAUGACAAAGAACGAGUAAGAGCCUAUAAUAGUCUGAAAUUGGAUGUCUUGAAUGGGGAAUUGAAACUUGUACCGCACGACAGACCACACCAUAUGACGAUGUAUCCUCAGUUCAAGACUUCAAGCUUGAUAUCGUAUGCCAACAUGUUGGUUCGGAGUUAGUGUGAUGGAUCUUACAUUUUAUUAAUAUUUAGUUAUUGUGUCAUUGUACCUGUAAAAAUAAGAUUGGUGAUCACUCUGUUUUCAGAAAAUUGUCAAAAUGUCAAGUAAAAGCAUUACAGAAAAUAUUCUUCACUAUCAGAGAGACAUUGACAGAUGCCCGGAAAAUGCAGCACGGAUGAAGCGCUGCAUUCAAAGACUGCAUGCACUUCCGGUGACUGUUCAGCAUCUACAGGAAACUGGCAUUGGAAAGUCUGUCAACGCAUUGAGAAAGUAUGGCGGAGAGGUUGCUGAAGCAGCAAAAUUUCUAGUUCAUAAAUGGAAAUUAAUGGUCAUCGCGGAAGAAAAUAAUGGCCAAAGUGAUGAUGCUUCCGAUGGAGAGAAUAACUCCAAUCAUACAGACAAAAACAAAAAGGAAAAUUCGUCAAGAAAAGAAGACACAAAUCGUCGGGAUGAAUCAUCGCAGAAUAGUGAACGAAAGCCUCUUUCUGACUCAAUCGACAGGGAUAGAAAGAGGAAAGAUCAAAAUAAAAGUAGUCGAGAGGAUGAUAGAAGAGAGAAACAUGGUUAUCGUAGCUCUAGUAAAUCUGAAAGAUCAAGAGAAAAUUCCUCUAGUGGUAAAAGGAGGAAAGAUUCCAACUCUGAAAAUGAUGAUAGGGCUGUAAGUUCCAAGAAAAGAAGACGUAAAUCGUCAUAUUCGCCCACAUCUGACAAGGAGUCCAACUCUAGUGAGGAGGAGACAAAAGCUAGCAAGAGAAGCUCGUCUGGAUUUGACACAUCAAUCGUCAAAACUGAACCAGAGACAUCAGAUGAUGAAGAAAGUGCAGCUGAAGACUGUGAUGAUAAUAACUCUGAAGAUGAACAAGGGUCAAGAAGUUCGGCUGCGGCGGAAUCUGAGAGGGGAUCAUCUCCAAAUAACAGUGACAGAGAGGCAUCUGGAGCUGAGGAGGAAGAAAGCAGCGAAGAAGAAACUAUCAAAAUCAAGGAAGAACCCAAGUCAGAUGAUUCAGAUGAUGAAUCAAAGAUCAGUUCUCAAGGUGAUAAACAUAGUAAUAGUAGUAGACACCAUUCAAAGGGUGAUGAUCGUAAACAUUCGUCAUCUAGAAGUCAUCAUUCGGAAAAAAGUAGCAGUAGUAAUCAUAGUGAUAGUAGGGUUAGAGAUAGGGAUCGCAGAGAAAACGGUAGUUCGCAUUCUAGUCACACGAGUAGUAAGAAUGGCAAAGACCAUACCAAACCAAAGUCUGAUAAUAAAAGUUCCAGUGCUAAUUCUUCAAGCGAUAGAAGUAAGAGCCGCGAAGGUAGAGUAGAAAAAAACGGAAUCAAGGAUACAGACAACAAAAGUCGACAUUCGUCAUCUAAGGAGAGAACUUCGAGUUCGAGAUCAAGCAGCAAUCAUAGAUCGAGCAGUUCUUCAAAGGCAGCUGAUGACCAAGUCAAGGUGAAGAAAGAGAAGAUUUCGGAGGAUCAUAGUGAACGAUCUCCACGAAAAGACUCGCAUAUUGACUCAUCUAGAAAAUCUUUCAACUCAUUAAAUGAAGUAAAAGUAAAAGAGGAAAUUGUUGAAUCCAAAGUGAAAAUAAAAGUUGAAAAGCCGUCUGAGGAGGAAGGAAUCCACAGUGGAUCAGGUGCUAGCUUUGGUGCAGCUCUGCUUGGUAUGACAGGCCCAGUUAAGAAAAAGAAAAAAUCAUCUGAUGUUAAUGGAACAUCUAAUAAGUCGGAUUCAUCACCCAUUACAUCUCCAAGCAAAGAUAAAGCAAAAUCGUUCAGCAAAUCUAAAGAAUCGAGGGCAUCUUCAUCACCAUCUCCAAGAAUAAUGUCGAAUUCCUCAUCACCGUUUUUGUCAAAUAACGAGCAAGAUCUUCUGUCAUCUAAUAUCAAGCUGAAGCCACUGGAUGUGGACUUGGCGGCCACCUUACCGGAAAUCUCGGCCAAUUACCGACCCAUGCCCUCCUAUUCGCCUUCCUACCCCGAUCAAGUCAGUCCAUUCAAGACCAACAAGGAGCUCACUCAAGAAGAAGCUCUCUCUAGCAUACUUUCAACCAAGGGUCAAAGAAUGAAGGUUUUCUCCGGUAAUCGUGGUGCUGGAAACACCAAAAUACCUUCUCUGUUUACGUUGUGUGUGCAUGUUCUACGCGAAAAUAUCGAUGCGUUGGAGUAUACUGGAGGAGUGCCUUAUGACCUGCUGAAGCCAGUUCUGGAACGAGCAACAUCCGAACAGUUGUACCAACUGGAACAUCACAAUCCCUACCUGAUAGGCGAUUCCGACGAGCUGUGGGAGUUCCAUUGUAAAAAGGAUUUUCGUGGCCAAAAUCGCGAAGAAAUGGAGUCCUGGCGAGAUCUCUAUCUGCGAUGCUUCGAUCAGAGGGAGAAAAAAUUUAAAGAGCUUACUGAAAAAGUAACACAAAAGAAGAUAAUUGAAAGUAUUCCUAUAAAAAAGACCAAACUAGCAUAUGUGGACUCAGUUGUCAAGCCUCCUCGAAACAUUGCAAGGAAACAGGCAAAAUUUGGAACAUCAUCUGCAUCGUCUCAAAAGCACGAACUGGUUGCCAAGGCUAUGAUUGGAGGCCACUCAAGCUCAGGCGAAGUUGCCAAGGCUGUGGUGCCUCCCCCACCACAGGCCGCAUCACGUUUCAACAACUCUAAUUCUGCGUUACUGAAAAAGAAGAAAGCUCCGCUGAUGGCGAAAACACUUCAAUUUAUGAAAGGAAACCGAAAGAAGUGGUAAUGAGUGAAUAAGACUGUACCAACGUUUUAGACUGAAUGGCUGAAUUUUUUAUCCUUUAACAAUGUCUGUGUAGAAUGCACCAACUUUUUUAAGUGUGUAAGAGUUGGCAGGAGUUCCAUCGUAGAAUGGCUAUUAACUUUCAAUUUAAUUUUAGUGUUGAUUUCACUGUUGUUUCUGAAAUUUUAUUUCAAUUUGGCCAAAUUUACGCUAUAAUAAUUAUAAUGUUAGACAUCUAUAUACGUAAUUAGGUUUAUAAUUUUUGUCAAACAGCAUUCACUUUUGUUUCUGAAAUUUUAUGUUUAUUAUGACCGAAUGUCUCUAUAGUUUUAAAUUUUAUAAUUUGACAUACAUGCGUGAUCAUGUUCAUAAUAAGUAUUUUCAGCAAAAUGCGGAGUACGAUAUCAUACAACAUACUGCUUAGUUAUCCAGUUAUUUUUAUUACAUUGUCAUAAUGUCCACAUUCAAUACUAGCGCGAGUGCUGUUCUUGCCUCGCUUGGGAUUAGAAUUCUAAACGCCCAGAAAGGAAAGUCUAAUGGGGUAAAACGAAAUUUGCUGGCCUCUGUAUUCAGCUGCAUGGUUCUUGAGAACACUAAAACUUAUUACUUGGUUUAUGUAAACCAAUUUUAUUCCUUGUUUUAUGUGAACGGUUAGAAACACCGGUCUCUGAAAAUUUGAUUUGUUUUUCCUUUUCUAGUUUUUUUGCGAUUUUUGUCAAAUCAAGCAAUCUGACAGAAAAACUCACUCUUACCUUCUUUAUAUAAUACAAUUUCGAUCAAAAUGAUAAUUAAAUAAUUUGGAGUUCUCUAUCCUCAUUGAGUGUCCCGAGUUGAAAUUUUUCAAAAACAUUCGAAUUUUCGUAAAAAUCGAAACUUGGGGGAAAUUCCGUUUUUAAUGGAUUAUCUUUUCCGAUUUUCGCAAUUUAAAUUUAUGAGGGGGUAAUUUUGUGCUGUACAAUCUCAGUCCAUGUAGACCGUUCUAUCUCAAAUAGAUUUCCAGGUACACUAGACUUCUAAUUAUUUGUUAUGCAUGUGAAUUGGCCUAGCCUAAUAUUUUAUUAUUGCUGUCACUCGACUGUCAUCUGUUUUGCACAAUCAUCUUAAUAAAUAAGGAUUUUAGUGGUAAAUUGUUCUAUUAUUCGACUUUCCAAUUAUAUUAGUAUAUUUCUUAAUUUUUUUAAUUUUUUUCUUUGUAUCAUAACAUCCCAUAUUAUUUGACUUUCUUUGUGAUUCAUAGUUCUAUUUAUUAUUAAUCUGAUUGUUUGGAACUUCAUCUCCUUCAUUUUGUAAUAAUUCUGUCAUUGUUUGACGUCUAAUCUCGAUAUUAUUCUACCAUCUCGAUAUUAUUAUACCAUGCGUGGUAGAAAAAUAUCCCUUAUUGCUAAAAUGAUAUUUUUUAAUAAUUUUUAUCGACAUUGCAAUAAAGAGCCAUUCUACUUUGAGAACGCUAAACAUUGUGAUUUUAUAUUCUAAGAAGAAGGUCGAUACAGUUGUUAUAGAAAUAAAAGAAAUAUUAGUUUUGUAGUUGAUUAUUAAUUUGAUUUACAAAUACACUGAAGUGCAUCUUAUGCACUUUCUUGUGAUAUAAGCAUCUUCUUAAACUAAUAUUGAGAAAAAAUUCAAUGAAUUGUGCACAAUUUGCAAUUGAAUUGAUUAAUACUAUUAAAUUACAUUAUUUCCAAUUUGUAUUAUAGUACUUCACUCUUGAAAUUUGUUUGUUGAAAUAUUUUAAUAUUACAGAAUUGCAUGACUUUUGGGUGAAAAAACUUGUUUCAAAUAACUAGUGUCACACUGUAUAGUGAUUUUAAAAAUUUUACUGUUUAGUACAAAACCACGUUUAGUAGAUCACAAUCUUCUUGAUAAUUAUUUAGUGAAUAAAUGCUUAUCCAUUUUUUUAUAUCAAACUUUUCAACAGGCUUUGAGAUAUUGAUAUUGAGAUGACAUUUGUCGCUGUGCGAUAUCGGAAGCCAAACUACAUAGAAACUACAUCAAUCUACUAACGUUGAUUAAGUUUCUUCAAAUUAUCAAUUCACCAAGCCAAUUGUGCAGUUAUAUUAAUAUAAUUAUAUACAGAGUGACCCAGAAAUCAUCACUGCUCAUCAUAAACUUGGUUGCAUUGGUAGUAAUUUUUGGGUCAGUCUGUAUAUUUGACACUUUGUGAGAUCGGACUCUCAACUAUACAGAAAAUAAACAAACCUUUCUUCUUUAGAUUCAUUUUUCAUUAUAUAAAAUCUCUGCUCAAUAUAUAAAUAACCAGUCUUCUUUUUCAUUGUUGGUUUAUUGUUUAAAAGAUAUUUUCGCUGAUAUACUUUCAUUACACACUAUGUACAACUCAUCUCGAAUAUACGAAUUGUUUCUUUGAAA